GUUUUCACGCAUAAUUUGUUAUAAACUGUCCAACGAGGGCUGUAGGCUAUUUAUUCCUAUUGAAUUCUGACAAGGCAAGUCGAGCGAAAUUCAGUUUCGGUUUUACCACUCUACAGUGAAACAGAACAAUACCUCGUCUUUGUAAACGUUCCUCCGUUCAAAAAUGGCCAAACGACUGACUGAAGCCGAACGCGAAGAAAUAGCGGCAGCCUUCAAGCUAUUUGACAAAAACGGUGAUGGACAGAUAUCUGUAGAGGAGCUCGGAGAAGCUAUGAAGCAAGCUGGGCAGGAGAUGUCAGUUGAAGAUCUUAAAGAUAUGAUUAAAGCAGUGGACAGAAACAAAAAUGGAAAAGUAGAAUAUUCUGAGUUUGAAGAUAUGAUGGCUAGUCAAAUUGGCGAACCAAUUACCACCGAUGACAUGAGAUACUACUUCAAAAAAUUCGACGCGAAUGGGGAUGGUUUUAUCACUAGCGAUGAACUGGCCCUGGUGAUGAAGACGUUUGGCGGAAAGAUCUACUCAAAGAAAGAAAUCGAUGACAUGAUCAAAGAAGCUGAUGUGGAUGCUGAUGGAAAAGUCAGCUACGAAGAGUUUUGCGCGAUGGUCAGCAAGUCGAAGGCUUAAGUCGCCAGAACAGGACGGGUUUGGCACAGAUCACUAAACUUGAAGGGUUUGAGGACCGACGACUGAUUUCAGAGUAGUAUCUCUGUUGAUAAACUGAUUCAACUAUCUCGAAUGCUAUAUGUAAUUUUGGUAAAUUGAACGAGCGAAAGAAAAGCUGGGUAUUGGCAAAGAUUAACCUCUCGGAGAGGAACUUGUUGUUGUCUACACCAGAAGAGGGAUUCUUUAAAGCUCAUUCUUUUUUGUCAUAGAUUUGUGGAGUUAAAAAUUGCUGUUAUUCCAAAUGACCGUGCAUUACUUUAACCUUAUUUACUUAACUAUUAAUCCAUAAAAGUGGCUAAAAGAUGUGUAAUCACACUGUUCUGUAUACCACGAAAUUAUUCAUCAGAAGAGAUAAUCCAUUAAUAAAGUAUUUCACUCAGCUCUAAA